CUGAGAGCUGUGAGUGCUCCAGUGCAAGACACCUGUGACUUGUGUCUGUACUCUCUUGUCACAGCUAUUUGUUUCCUGGGGUUGUGUUUCUUUCUUAUGCUCUCUGUGGAUUGCCAGGUUACCCUGACGUUGGAGCCUUGUGGAGAUGUGAGCCAAGCUUACUGGCAGUGUGAUCCUUCAAGUCAGGACCGAAACCACAGUGUUUUUUGCAUGACGAAGCAAAGCCCCAGCUGUGAGACAACAAAGGGGAGGAUCAAUAUUUCUAAAGACCUACAUAUGCUGCUGAACAAGAAAAUCUUUUCUGGAAAGGAGUUGGCUGCAUCUUCUAAUACUGAGUCUUACAGUCUUCAAACUAACAAAUCUAAACAGUCAGAAAGCAUUGAGUCAUGUGUCAGGGGAGAAGCUACACUGAGGCCUAAAGACAGGUUAAGUGAACCAACUACACGCCCACACUCUUGGCAUUCAACCAAAUUUCAGAAUAAUCAGCCAGAUCCCAGCAUGAUGCAAAUAUCUCAGGGAACAAUCGGAUCUCCAUGGCACCAGGCCUAUCACUCAAGUUCUUCCACAAGUGAUCUCUCCAGCUACAACCAUGGGUACAUAAGACGGAGCCCUGACCAGUACAGCUCAAGAGGCAGCAUGGAAAGCCUUGACCACGGUUCUUCUGCUUAUCACCAAUGCCAGCUUUCAGCAGCAAAAUCUACCAACUGCAUAGAUCAACUUACUCAUCUACACAACAAGAGAGACUCCGCAUACAGCUCUUUCUCAACCAACUCCAGUAUUCCAGAAUACCAUCCUACUUCCUUUUGCAAGGAACGGUCUUAUUCCACGGAAAGCAUGCAUUCUCGUGGUAAUUUGCAAGAGGGGAUAAAACAUGCAGAUAUUAGAUACAUCAGGACAGUCUAUGAUACUCAAAGGGGUGUUUCUGAAGAGUUUGAGGUAAACCCUGCCUCUAUCAAAAACCGAAACUACAGUAGAUCCUCUGGUUACAACAAGAAUAGUGUUGCAUCUCCCGGCAGAUCACAACAGAUUAGAGCUGUUUCUGAAAGUGAUAACAUUGAAAAGUCUCCACCUAUGCCUCCAGCACGCAGGGACAGCUAUGCAGUGACAAGACAUCAUGAUAGACCUAACUCUUGGUCUAGCCUUGACCAAAACAGAUCUUUCCGAAUGCAGCCCAAUUCUGCAGGUUCACAACAUGCAAGUGCCUUUUCAUGUAACUCUAACCAACAGUUAAAACCUGUUUUUGGAGAAGGGCAGCUUCAUACUGUUGUGGAGAAGAGCCCUGAAAGCAGUCCUCUAAUAAAACAUAAGCAAAUCUACUCACAGUCACCACAGCCAGGACAGCCUAUGCUUCCUACUGGAAUUUAUCCUGUACCCACUCCCGAACCACAUUUUGCUCAUGCCCCUCAACCUAUUGCAAGCAAUAAUGGAACACUUUACCCAGCACUAGCCAAAGAAAGCACAUUUAGUUCAGCAACUGGGACCUCACGGUUUGAUAAUAAUGGAAAAAGUAGUCAAAAUACUACUGGAAAACUGACUUCCCUUUAUCCAAUAAAUCACUUAAAUAUGGAUCAAGAAAACAAGGAAGGUGAGCCUGUAAGAUUUACACCCUACAAGCUUCAUUUUCCAGUAGAUUCUGAAAUUCCCACUAGUUUGUCAAUUACAAAUGAAAAUGAGUCAAACUUCUCAAAUAAUAAUCAGUACAUAGAUACUAGCAACCAGGUACAUAAAACUUUUACAGUAAUGGCAAUGGAAAGUCAGGACCAAGGUGCUCUUAAAGAGCAUAAUACUGGAAUGCAGGGCAUUCCACUUGCUUUAGGAGGUAGUAACUUCAUGGAGUCUACUUUCCAAAAUGAAUGGAUGAAUGGCAAGAACAGGCAAGUUCCAUCCCCAUCAAUAAGAAUGGAUUCUUAUAAAAAUCAGAUGAUCAUUAACACUUCUGAACAAUAUAUUCCUUAUUACCAUGGCUCAGCUUCUUUUAACAACAAUAUCGAUGAAAGACAGUCGCAAAAUGCUUCAGAUGAGAGAAACAAAUUAGAUAGUCCAAGUUUUACAAAACUCAUGGAUGAUCCUGAUAGUUCAGUAUUUGAGGAACCGUUGUCCCCUUCUCAGAAGAAGUCUUAUGAUUUUACUAGAAGGAGACUAAGCUCUAGCAGCACUCAAGGUGGACAUGGUAGUCAGUAUGGUAAACUAGAUGCCAACAAAUCUCGUUCUUCUGUUUUGGAAAAAAUCUGCAAGAUUGAACAAAGAGAGCAAGAGAAUCAGAUGUCUCAGGUUUCAAGCGGCUCUGUCUAUGGAUAUCCCUGUGCGCAAAAUGCUAGGGGAUCAAAUUCCAGAGGAUCUGUAAAUAGCAUUGAAGAAAUUAGGAACAAAUUUAAUUCCCAAGAACAAGUUCUUGCUGGUGAACACCGAAGGCUUUCAAGCUCUAGUAGCAAUGAUAAAAUUACAGGCGCCUACCCGUUAAAUAGGUCAAGUAGUGUCUAUUGCAUUAAGUCAGGGGAUUUUCAAUAUCAAGAAGUGGAAAGACAAGCAGACAAAAUACAACAAUGUAAUCGUGAGCAAUAUGUUUUGCAUGCAGAGUCAGAUGAGGAUAAAAGAAAAGCUGGUUCACAAACAAAGCCAAAUAAACUCAGCCCUUGGCAAAGUACUUCACUCGAUACUGUAGGAUUUAACAGAUCUUACAGAAACAGCAUCAAAGAUGCACAGUCUAAAGUUCUUGAAGCAACAUCUUAUAGACGUAAAGAUUUGGAAAUCAGCCCAUUACAAUAUAGUAAACCAGAGAACAGUGUAAAAAGACCCAAUUCAGGUCUACUCAGAGGUAAGAGUUCACCUGUGUUCCCUCAUGCUCCAAAAGAGAGGCACAGUGUUACCCCUACAGACAAUAUUCAGAAUCAGGAUAACCAUGGUACCUCAAACCAGCCUGUUCGUAUCGGUGCAAGGAGACGCUUGACUGCUGAGCAGAAAAAGAGAUCCUACUCCGAGCCAGAGAAAAUGAACGAGGUGGGUGCAUCAGACAAUGAAUUAUCACCACAAAAUGUUCAAAAAAUGGGUCAACAUUUUAACUUUGUGGAGCAAACAGUGGCAGACAGACGCAGAAUGUUUGAGAGGAAUGGUAAAGCUUGUUCAACUGUUAACUUAUCAAAGCCAGAGCUUAAGCAAUUUCAACAGAAUGCCCUUGCAGACUAUAUAGAGCGUAAGACAGGUCGCAGGCCGUCGCCCCAGGAAACUGGGCUCUUAAAAGAAAGGUCUCAGAGUACCUACUUUACAGGGAGUAUGAUAGAUAACCAAAGUAUCUCAUCAGCAUCUAGCAUUAAUUCCCUUCAAGAACACAAUCUACAAUAUAGACGUAAGGACCAGGUUUCUGAUUCUGGCCGGGUCUCAUCUACCCUGCCCCCUGGUCUCACAGGCUUUGGUGACUUGAGUGGGUUUGAGCAUUAUCCUGAACAACAGGAAACUAGAAGCCGCAGUAGCUCAUUUGCCCACCAGCUGAGGACUGAACGUUUUAGAGACUUCAGAUCUAAAUCCGAGUACAUCAAAAGUGUUCAGUCAAAUGACCGCAAAGAAGCCACUUCAAGAGUAGAGGAUUUUAUAAGUACCCCAUCAGAGAGAAAUUCUAACAGAUCUGCUUCAGCUGAUGAUUUGCUUGAUAAAUCUGAGCAGUAUCCAGUAGCUGUGCAUACAAGGUCACGUUCUUCUCCAGCCGGUGAAAAGAAAAUGCAGGAUUUUUUGGUCAGACAGAAUACUGAAAGGAACUCUUCAUAUGUAUUGACUAAUCCAAGGUUCAGUGCUCGCAAAAGCAAAGAUGAAAGUCAGACAGAGAAAAAUGCUUUCCUUUCUACUGUUCAGACUCACUUUGACCACAUUAGUUUGGGAAGAGAGAAGCAUGUUUAUGAUCCUGUUGUUACCCAGAACACAACACAAAUGGGUAUUCCAAAACAUGCCAGAACCCAAAGUUUUACACCAACAACAGGAACGCACAGCCAUUCUCAUGAGCUAAGACAUGAGUCUUUACCUUUAUCCAGUAAGUCAAGUCCUUCUAAAAUAAUGCAAGUUGGAUCUACUCAUACAACAGACUUUGUUACUGCAGAAGAAUAUUUGUAUUCUGGAAAGAAUGGGAAAUUUAGUGCCACACCAGUAAAUAAAGAGAAUUGUUCUGAAGAGUGGACAUCGACUGGAAAUAAUUCUACUGAAGACCUCUCCGACAAUGGGAGUAGAAAAAUGUCUAUUCCACCACAAAGGCCACCGCCUCCAAAAAUAAAGUGUAUUAAUUCUGUAAAUGAAGGGGAUUCUUUGACUAACUCGUUAGUUCCAGUGAAUGAACAAAAAAGCUAUCCAUUGUGGAGCAGUAGUUCUUCUGAGCCUGAGACACCUAGCCAGCAUGGAAAAAUAUCUCUCCGCAUAUCAGAGUCUUGUUUUCAUUCAACCCCUCCUGUGGUUGGACAGGAUGAAGAGGAUGAUGAGGUAUUUGUGAAGGAGCAAGAACUGCGAAAAUCUACUGAAAUAUCAGUUAUGCCAUCUUCACCACCUCAUUUUCCACCUCCAAGCCUUGAGGAUGCUCUUCUACAAGACAAAAUGGAGGAAAACCAUCAACUAACAUCAACUAAUGUAAAUUAUGAAAACAAAUAUAACAGACCAAAACCUAUUAAACAGGAUUCCAAUGACAGAUAUUCCCAGAUCAUUGAUGAGAAGACUGAACAACAGAUUCGAAAGUGUGAUGAACCUCACUCACUAACUCUUGUUAAGGACAGUAGCAAUACAACAUUAUUUAACUCUAGUAUACCUACAAGAGACUCAGAGUUUCCUCUCACAAAACACUCCUCUACAGUACAUGGACCUCACCCUGUAAAACCUACCAUAGAAAAUUAUUUUGUAGACCAACUUCUAAAUCAUUCAGAGGGCACUUUAAUCAGCAGGGUUCAAAAUACAGACACCGAAAACAAGAAUACUUUAAACCACAUCAACACAAAAGUCAUGUCACCAGAAGAUGUAAAGUCCCAAGAAUUAGCAAAGGAAAUAGUGAAUAAGGACAAGUCACUUGCUGAAAUUUUGGACCCUGAAUCCAAGAUGAAGACUACUAUGGAUUUAAUGGAAGGUCUGUUCAGCAAGGGCAGCAACGAACUGAAAGAGAAAAAGAGGAAGACUAUGCAAAUGUUGGCAGAGAAGAAGGCUUCAACAGAAGGCUUGAGGAAAGAAGAGAAAAAGGACGCUGCAGAAAAUGUUAGUUGCUCUGCAUAUUACUCUGUGUCUGCCCCAAAGGCAGAACUCCUGAUGAAGAUUAAAACCGCAGAAACUGAAAUAGGAGGAGAUGAAGAACACCUAGACAUAAAUGAAAAGAAGGCAGAACUGAUUUGCAGCCUCACCCAUAAACUUGAAGUCCUCAAGGAAGCAAAGGAAAGUCUUCUGGCUGAUAUCAAGCUCAACAAUAGCCUUGGGGAGGAGGUAGAGACGAUAAUUGAGACACUCUGCAAACCCAAUGAAUUUGACAAGUACAAGAUGUUCAUAGGAGAUCUGGAUAAGGUGGUGAACCUGCUGUUAUCACUCUCAGGACGUCUUGCCAGGGUGGAGAACGUACUAAGCAGCUUAGGUGAAGAAGCUAAUGCAGAAGAACGGAACACCUGGAAUGAGAAGAAGAAGAUGCUUUCUUGUCAGCAUGAGGAUGCCCGAGAGCUGAAGGAGAACCUGGACCGUCGUGAGAAACUAGUUAUGGACAUUUUGGUAAACUACCUCACAGUAGAACAGUUCCAGGACUACCAACAUUUUGUCAAAAUGAAGUCUGCUCUGUUGAUUGAGCAUCGGGAGCUGGAUGACAAGAUUAAACUUGGCCAGGAGCAAUUAAAGUGUCUGCUGGAAAGCUUACCUAGUGGAUUCCAUAUUGAAGGGAUUGGACCCUUGCCAGAGAGAAGAGUUUCCUCAUACGGGAACACAAAUAUACCUCCUCCAAUCACCUCUUCACUUUAAUGUUAUCAACAGCCAACUCAGGCAAAACUGCUAAUUUAACUAGAUAAGCCUCCUUUCUUACAAAAAAGGAAGCAAACAUUUUAAGAAUUAAUUUCUAAGAAAAAGUGCCACAUGGAUCAUCACUGCAAAGAAACUUAAGAAAUUGUUCCAAGUGCUUAAUUAUGUAGAAUUUAAUUUUUCGAGUCUAGGGUCCCUAAGAGGGUAAAGGACUGUCAGCUUAUGUAAUUUACGCUUUAUCUAUUGUAAUAAUGUUUACUAAGCUUUAUCUUCGGCAAACAAAACAGUUCUAGGCACUGAGACCCAAACACUUUUUAAAUGCCAAUAUUUUUACUAAAAGUAUAUUGGUUUGAAUGGAAACUUUAUACGCCCAUGAUGCACAUGUAUAAAAAAAAAUCGUACUUGUUUUCCCCCGAGCAUCUCAUUUGCACACGAUAAGAAAAAUGUAUACACUAUUUUGCCACACGCUUGUCCUGUUAUGAAACAAGGAUGUAUGUCUUGAUGACACUUUCUGCAUUCUAUUACUAUUUAUAAAAAUUGCUUUUUGUUUUUAUUUUUUUUGUGAUAUAUGUAAUUUAUGUACAUAUGCUAACCUUAAAUGUACUGUAGAAAAUACUUUUUCUAUGAUGUAGAAAGAAAACAAUUUUUUUUUUUAACAAAGUUAAGCCCUCAAGAUAGUCACUGUUUCCUCUCCAUAAUUUGUUGCCUUUAUAUAAAGUUUACAUUAACCCUAUCACUUCUGAGAGCUCUUGCGGCACAAAUGCUUUAUGAGAAAAGUACUGCGAAUGUAUAGGUAUUUGGUGGAUUAUUCACUUGAAACCACUAUGAAGUGUUUAUUGAAUAUUAACCAAACGUCACUAAAAGUGUGUCAUUAAUAUUUCAAGAGUGAAAUGGGUUUAAGGCACAAUUUUUUGUUUUAGAAGUGCCUGAAAUGUAUUGGUCUCGGGUGCAUAUAAGAUAAUAUGCAGACUGUUUGUGAAUAAUGUGUCCUUAUGAAGGAAACACUUUGCUUAGCAAAGAUACGUCAAGACUGCAAUGCCCACCUAAUUAUGUUUUACUAUUUGUUCAUACAACCACAUACCACUGGAUUUUCAAAUACUGUUGUGAAAGAUAAAAACAAUUAUGGACAAUAAAAAAUCUUUACUGUAA